AUGGAGCAGCAAGAGACAUAUCGCUCGAUCGAGGCCGUCGAAACGCAGACCCAAGAUGCACCAUCCGAGAAGCAGGAACCGGCAACAACUUUCAACAUCACCCGAAUAUCCUCAGUUGAGCCGCCUCCAAAUGGCGGCUGGGAAGCAUGGUCGCAGGUCCUCGGCGGUCACAUUGUGACAUUCUUCGUUUGGGGAUUCAUCACCUCGUUCGGCAUGUUCCAGGCUUACUACACCGCCAACGGGGUCUCGUCGCCCUCGAACAUCUCGUGGAUAGGGUCAUUGAUGAUCUUCUUCUUGAUGCUUGUCCCACUGUGGUCCGGGUCAGCGUCUGACGUCGGUCACUUCAAAUUGGUCUUAAGAGUGGGUACUCUGUUGUGGCUGAUCGGCAUAUUCACCACGAGCUUGUGCCGCGAAUAUUGGCAAUUCCUAUUGGCGCAGGGAGUAUGUAUCGGUGUUGCAAAUGGGUUCAUGUUCGUGCCGACUAUGUCGGUUGUGUCGACGUACUUCGAUCCAAGUAGAAGGAGCCUUGCGAUUGGACUGAUACUAUGCGGUUCUGCAACGGGCGGCAUGAUCUUCCCGAUCAUGUUGAAUCGAUUGUUUAGUAUUAUUGGGUUCGGCUGGGCCGUUAGGUCCUUUGGAUUCAUGGCUCUUGUACUCCUUGUGCUGGCUGAGCGAUUGCUGAAGAAGAGAUUACCGCCCAAGGACUCUGCAAAGUUGUUCGAGCCGAGUGAGUUGAAGGAUAUUGUAUUCAUCCUAUUUGUGAGUAGUGGUUUGUCUAUCGUCGGUUCUUUCCUCAAUUUCAGUGGACUGUACUUCGCCUUCUUCUAUGUCAACGCAUACUCACGUAACAAGUUGGGCAUGUCACUAAAAGAGACAAUACCUAUUUUGAUGGUCCUCAAUGGUGUGGGCGUUCCUGGUCGGCUCAUCCCUAUGUAUCUUGCAGAUCGCUACUUCCGUCCAAUUCAUGUUGGUCUUCCGAUCAACUUGAUUACGGCACUUCUACUCUUUGUUUGGAUCACGAUUAAGUCAACGACAUCGAUGUACGUCUUUGCGGCGAUAUAUGGUCUGUUUGCGUCCGCUUUGCAAGGGCUCUUUCCUGCGACCAUGGCAGAUCUCACCAUCGAUCCCAAGAAGACAGGUACACGAUUCGGGAUGGGCUUCGCGUUGUCGAGCUUUGGCGUACUCAUUGGAAGUCCAGCGGGUGGUGCACUAAUUGAAUACAAGCAUGGUGACUAUCUGUACGCGCAGGUUUUCGCGGGCUCGUGUGGUAUACUGGGAUUCCUUUGCGUUGGACUGGCAGCUUUAAUACACGGCAAGAAGGCAAAGUGA